AGAUGACUGACAGAUAGAAAACAUGGAAGACAGUUUAUUAGAUUUAGAACAAGUUCAUGUUUAUUUAUUGGAAAACGGUGGUAAAGUGAAAAAUCGGGAUGUAGUUCGUUAUUUUAAAAAUUAUUUAACGGAUCCACUAACUAAAGAUGAAAAUAGAGUUCGCUUUAAGUCAUACAUUAACACUUUGGCAACUACAAAAACAGAAGGAGAUGAUAAAAUAAUACUAUUGAAAAGCAAAUAUAGUAGUUCUGAUGCCAUAACGUCAUUUUCGAGCUCCACAAGUAUGUAUUCCCCUCAAUUUGAUCCAAGAAAUUCAGUUGGAAUCCCUUUAUCGCCAUCAGAAAUGAAUUUAAUGGAUUCAUCGCCAUCUAGACAACCACCGCCAUAUAGACCCCCUCCUCCACCACCACAAGGUACACCAUCAUCUUCUUCAUUGGAUGCCAUGUCUGUAGGUUCUAUUAAUUCAUUAAAUGAAUUUCCGAAAACUCCACAAGCACCUCCAAGGGAUAAAAAACGUGAUGAUAUUACUCCAAAAAAGUCAAUAUCAGAACCAGAAUCUGCAUCUGCAGCAGAUGAUAAAACAGUUAGUGUUAAAGAACGAACUCAGAAAUUUAAUAGACUUGCUUCUGUAGAAGAUGAACUUAGUCCACGACUUUCAAAGUCUGCUGAAAAAAAAUUGAAUAGGGGGGCAGACGAAGACGAUGGAGUAUCUCUUACCCCGUUAGAACCAAAGAAAUGUAUGGAAUGGUACGUCACAGCCAGUAGGGGUGAUUAUCAAGAAUUAAUCAAGCUGGCCAACAAAGAACCAAGACUUGUCAAUAAAAAGGUAAGAUUUUGUUUGUUAUUCACUCUAGUAUGUGUUUUGUUAUGAAAUGAUCAUUAUAAUUCGUAAUAUUCAGUCUAAUUUUGUUCAUUCGAAUCAGAGAGUUUAAAAUAUAAAAUGAUUUUAAAUUUGUGGAAAAAAAUAGUACCUGAAAUGCGUUUUUAUCUCGUUCUGUAGACACAAUCUUUGUAAUGAACCUAGUAAGGUUUCGUUUACUAAUAUCUUUGCCAAACUCUCCCAUCCUCAUCUUUAACGUUGUUUUUCUUUAAUGGUAUAUGUAGCAAAUAAAAUUUCGGGGUAGGUAAGAAAUACAGAGACAACGAUUUCGUCAUCCACCUGAACACAACGCUGAUGUCUUCUAUCGUCUAUAUUUGCUGUCUUCUUCUUUGAAUUAGUCGAGCAUUUGAGUGUUACAGCUCUCUAUAACUUACCAAUCAAAAAAUUAAAAUCCAGGAUCGUGAUAUUUAUCAUAAAAUGCCUUAAAAUUAUUCAAUUAAAAAUAGUAUUUAUACUAAAGAAGGGAGUUUCACAUUAGACAAUGAUGGAUAGAAAAAUUAGCUAAAAAAAGUAGAAUUUUGAGCUUGUGUUGUUUCAUUUCUACGUUAACUAAUAAGUCGUCAAUCUUUGAAUAGUUAUGUUAUAAGCAGUUGGACACGAUUUCACUGCUUUUCCUAUUACUUUGCGUUUGGAUGGUUCCAGAAGUACAAUUUUGACGUAGAGCAUGUCUAAAUAUUCGCUAAAUUGAAAAAAAAACGGUAUAAAAAGUAUAAUUUAAAAUAAUAAAUACCCCGUACAUCUAAUAGUACAGGUCAAACAAUAUAAUGACUAUCAACAUUUUUACCAUUUAGUUGCGGUGUAAUAAGGUAUCGAUCUAUUUUCAAUCGGAUAGAGCAAAAGGAGGUGGAACGAAAAUCCGAAUUGAUGUUUAUCGACGUCUUUCCCGUGUGGCAGGUAAGAUAUCCGAUUGAUACGUCUCCACUUCUCUUAUCUUUGGAACAAUCGGACAAAUCGUUUGUUUUCCUGGUCUCUUUCUCUUUAUUCUGUCUCUUGUCUAGACUGCGAUCUGUUUAAAUCCGGCGAAAGCUAACCAGUGACGAACUCGCUAACAUUACCAACAAAAAAUUCUUAAAAAUUUAUUAGUUCGUUGAAAUAAGAUACCACAUCAUAUUUGUUUUAAUAAAAAGAAUAAAACAGAUACUGCAAUUAAAUAUAUAAUGUUCUAUAUACGAGGAUUGUCCCAGAAGUACAUGGCCCGACCUUGAGAUGGCAGCGUAUGUUUGAGGAAGCCACGUUGUCAAACAAUACUUUUAUUUGAAAUGCUGGAUGAUCGUCAACUGAAGGAUCACUAGCUAGAAGACAUAGUAAACAUUUUAAAAACUGAAGUACAUCUUAUAUUAACUGAAAAUUUGAUUAUGAGAAAGGUGUGCGCAAGAUGGGUGUUGCGUUUGCUCACAAUGACAGAAACAACGUCGUUAAAAAAUCAAGUAAAAACGGACGCAUUUGGCUAAGAAGAAAGUUUUGUUUCAUAUAUCCGUUAUUGUGGUGGUCAAAAUUCAUGAAGUUUGAAUUGCUACUUGCUAUUUGCCAGAUUUAAACCCCUCGGAUUAUUUUCUGUUCUAAGACUUGAAUAAAUGGCUCGGUUGUCAAAGAUUUUCCAACAAUGGAAAGGAGUUUGAGGAGCUUGACGAUUCUUAUUAUAUAGAGGGCAACUAACUUAUUGAACAUCGCUGGGAAAAGUGUAAGGAGCUAAAAGGAGAUUACGUCGCAAAAAAAAUAAAUUUUGUUUGUUGUACCAUAUACUUCUGGGAUCAUCCUCGUACACGAGCGACAUAUUAUGUUGUUCAAACCUCAAUUUUAUGAUUUUUCUAUGAUAAUAAAGAAUUUUUCAACAAUCUGCCGAUAAAAAAACAGUUUUUAAAUGAUUUGAUUUUAUUAAAUGAAAAUUUGUGCUAGACCGUUACUGUGAGAGUCCAGUCAAAGAGAAGAGGUAGGAGUAAGAAAUCCCAAGAGGCGCCGUAUAAAUUCUUCUUCUUGCCCGUUUGAAUUUUUAAAGAGUUGUAACGAAUUCGAAGUCUCUUUUUAUUUGGUUUUUUUCAUCGAAUAAUGGGCUUAGGUCGUUAAGCUUUCGAAAUGAAUGUAGGAUUAUUGUGGGUUAAGGGUUCAUGUUACUAAAAGUGAUUUUUGUUGUGAAUAUUCCGUGCGGUCGAUCAAAGUAAACAUAAACUAAUAGUCGUAUGCUUCGAAAUUUUUAAUUUGAACAUUUGAAACGGUUAUUAAUUUUUUCAAAAUAAUAAAACACAAUAUUCCAUUCGAAAACACAGAUUGAAUAUAAAAACAAAAUUUUAUUAACCAUGGAAGAUAUUUAUUACUGCGUUUUCUGUGUUUUAUUCAUCUAUAAUAAUUAGAUGAUAUAAAGAAAAAAAAUGUGCGAUGCCUAAAUUAUGAAAAUAACCAUCAACAUCUAGCAUAUACAAACAUUUCAGAGCACUACACUUGGGAGCGUAUGAAAUAGAAGACGAAGUUAUCUGGCUGCUACAGGUAUCCCACAUUCUAAUAGGAACUUGGGUUCCAUAGUAUCGCAGCAAAAAAGAAGGACACAAUAGAUCCUUUUGGUCGCAACUUAUAUGAUAUCCCAAUAUCUACAUACAUACAUACAUAUCUAAAAAAUAAAUGAUUUCAAAAUGCUACGAACAAGUUCGCAAAAUUAGUUCCCUAGACCGGUCCUGUCCAGCUACUAUGGAAAUUUAAACAUCCGGCGAAUUCGCGCGGCGCUUUUCGAUCGGCGUCUUUUACACUUUGUAUAAAUGGCCGAAAUCGUUUGAUGUUUAUUUAUAUAGGAAAGUCUAUUUAUUCAUUUAUUUUUCUUCUAGAAUUUUGUAGAAUUUCAUUUAGGUAUAUAAAUGAUUUGUGUAAACGCAGCAUUAGCAAAGUAGUUUAAAUAAAUUACCUAAGUGAUAGUGUCAAGUGAAUUAUUAUAAGCUAGUGUAGUUAUAGUGUAUAAAUAAAUUGAGAACGUGUUUAUCAAUUCGCCCCACGAACACAAAAAGUGUAAAUAAAUACAACAUCCAUUGCAAUUCGUAUUGUUUAUUAUAAAAUUUUACUUGCCUUUGAAUUAGAGACUAGUUUUCACGUAUGAAAAUCGACAUUACUUAUUAUUGUGACCCCCCAAUUCGAAAAUAAUUUAUUAAUUGUAAAUGGCGAUGCUGCUGAUUUAGAUACGGAGGCUUAUAUAUUGGGGGUUGAGGUGUUGUGAGAUGGUUACAGUAGUCCAAGCUAUUGAUACCUGUUCAUAUAUACACAGACCGUUAAUGAAACAAGCCCUCGCAAUCAACGACGGCCGUAAGCUCUGUUCUCUUGGGGGUUUCGCAUACGAAAUACGCACACAGGUACAAUACCCCGGAGGCGGCGUUGACAACCAUGCCGCAAUUAUUCAUGUGAUGUAUGAUGUCGCUCUCCGUUGGCACCUUCUAUUGUAUUAUUGAUUAUGUGAAGGAUGUCUCUGUUAACCUGGUCUGAAUAUGUAUUGACAAAUACCACGCUCUCGGAUGGAUUAUUGAAGAACCUCCAAUUGUAUUCGUAGUUAUGAAUACGAUUCCUAAC